UCUUCUCUGCUUCUGUUCGGUGCGUGAACUCCCGACCAGUGGCAACAAAAGCGUGCGUUUUUUUGGUUUUUGUGGACGUUGCGUUGAGUACCAUGCCACCUCGUCGAUCGUCACAGCGUCCAACUCGGAGGCAGGUCCGCCUCCAGUCGCCGAUCGAGAGCUCGCUCUUUUCCGGGAGCCGGCCCAGCAGACCUGUCAACCGGUGCCUCUUCGGACGGCCUGACCACGAGGAAAACAGGCGGUGGCUCGACCAGUGCCUAUCCGAGGUGUACAACUCGAUGGAGGCGAAAUGGGAAAUAAUAACGCCCAUAUUUCGCAAGGAGACACCGACAAGAAACGGAGCCCGCCAACCCGAUUAUUACCUGGGUCGGCGUAAAUUACCAACAACCCCAAGAAAAUCAAUGGACUUGGAUCAAAGUGAUGCGGUUGGCUUUCCAGCCGGCACUCCUCCACCUGGAAAAGAAAUCUCUUCGGUCUUAUCGCCAGAAAUGGACAGCGUUCGCUUUUCGGAGGACAUUUCAUUUGUCAAAGAAGAGACACCUAGAAAAAAGCCACUACUCGAUCACAACGAGGUUAAAGAAGACUGAGCAACAUCGACUUAGCAAUUUUACCCUUUGAAUUAUUCUGUCACGUUAUUGAAUUUUUAGUUUUAAAAAAUAAGACAGUAACAUCCAUGACAAAUUUCUAAAUUAGCAAUUCUUGUAAUUUCAUUCCUUCACCAUUAGACCUUUCUUCUAUGUUAUUCUAGUCCAAUGUAGUAUGCCAACCAAUAUUACAAUUUUUUUUUUUUUCAAAUAAAAGUUAUUCAACAGGAGAAAGGAUCAGAUUAAAAUAAAGAUUCAAUUAAGGAUUUAAAGGACUGAUUAGAAACCACAGAUAACAAAUAGUAUCAGUGAUGGUAUUUAAUAAACAAGGAAUUUUUUAUUUAAAAUCUAUUGUAUUGCUUUAUUAUAGUUUAUAAAUUAUCUUUUUGGACUUAUGUUGUAUACUUUAUUUUAUAGAGUUUAGUGUAGUGUACUCAAUGAAACUCUUCACUUAAGCAUCAUUUUAUUUUAUACAUUUUGCUUAUUUGCUUUCUUUUGAAAAUUAUUAAAUCCUAUCAACUUUAUUGCUAUUAGCGAAAACAGUAUUAAUAUAGUUAAGAAUAUAAUAAUGUCAAGAUGAAAAAAACAAGAAUACAUAUUGGUAUACAUUUAUAUUUAUUUUUUAAUUUUUAUGGCUUCAAAAUUUUCAGUCGGUGUUUUCAAUUUGGCCUUUUGAAAAUAGUUCGCCCAUCUUUUUAUAUUUAAACCAAUAGAUAAUUUAUAACUUAACAAGUUUUACUGUUAUAAGAAGUAUUAAUUGGAUAAGUAGUACUCAUUUAUUGUUUAAGAAGGUGAUAGCCUUUUUUUAAAAUUAAAUUAAACAUGCUCAACAAAUCGCAUGUAUUUGUCGAGCGUUUUUAAUUUAGAAAAUCUAUAUUUGUAUUUUUUGACAAUUCAGUUCUGAAUGAGUUUACAAUAUUACUAGUUGCUAGUUGAUUCUCUGCGGAAACUUGACUGCUACAGGCUCUCAACUUUUGUAAGUUUUAGAUUUUGUAACACUCAUGUUUCCUGUUUGAUAUUAUCCCAUAUAUAUUUUAAUAUUAUAAAUAUCUUUAGAUUUAAAUAUUCAAAUAAAGGUGACAUUUUUAUAUAAGGCCUUCUUUCCAAGUUUGCAUUCCUGUUUAUGUUCCUUGAAAUUGAUUUUGAUUUAAAAUGCUAUCUAGUCUUUGAUAAUGAAAUUUGAAUGUAAAUCAAAAAUGGCCAACGAACAGGUCAAGCUAUUUAAUAUGUUUAAAAUUUUAUUUUUUAUAAAUGCAUUUUAUGUAAUCUUGUCUAUUCAUUCUUAUUGUUAAAUGAUGCUUAGACUGUAUUUUAGAAAAAUAAAACAAGUUAACAUGCAUAAACUA